CUCUUUGUGUGGCGUCACACGGCCAUGAGAAAAGAGGAAACGGACAACAGAGCCGAUGAAUAAAACCAGAUUUCUGCUUUGACAGCUCGUGUUUCUGCCGGCCAGCGCUCUGCAGGCAGACGAAGCAGGUCGUCAAGCAGCGUUUGCAGCGGGCUGACGUGCGGUUGGGUCGCUGACCGUUUAGCUACGCCUAAGAUUAACGCAGUUGUUGCAGACCGACACAAGCUCAUCCCAGCGCACCCUGCUCACAGUGCUAUGCCUGCCGAGAUGCCAGUAAGGCUACGCAUCUUCUCCCUCAACUGCUGGGGAAUCCGCUAUCUCAGUAAGCACUGUGCUCAGCGAUACACCAUGAUUGGAGACCUGCUGAGCAAGGAGCAGCAUGAUGUAGCUUUACUGCAGGAGGUUUGGAGUGAGAAAGACUUCCACGUCUUGAAAAAGAAACUAGGUGGCACCCAUCCUUAUUCACAUUACUUUAAAAGUGGAUUUUUCGGAAGUGGACUGGCAGUGUUUUCCAAGCACAGAAUCCAUGAUGCGUUUCUGUAUAAAUACACCCUAAACGGCUAUCCUUACAUGGCCCAUCAUGGAGACUGGUUUGGGGGCAAAGCUGUUGGGAAAGUACUGUUGAAUAUCAGCGGGCUGGCAAUCCACGUGUUCGUCACUCAUCUGCAUGCAGAGUAUUGUAGAGAGCCGGACUCUUAUCUCCCUCACAGAGUGGUGCAAGCCUGGGAGCUCCAGAACUUUAUACGGCACACCAGUGCUGGAGCGGAUGUAGUGAUAUUAGGUGGGGAUUUGAACAUGCACCCCACAGACCUGGGCAUUAGACUGCUGCAGAGCUAUACUGGACUCAAGGACUGCUACAAUGAGACGGCCAGCUUCGAUGGAUUUGAACAGGGAUUCACACACAUAACCGACAAUCCCUUCACACAUAAGCAAGAGCUUAUUCCAUUUGGAGGAGGAAUCCGUAUCGACUAUGUCUUCUUCAAGGGUUCGAAGAGUGUAGAUGUGAGUUGUGAAUCUCUGUCCACUACUAAGGGGCCUGUCCCUGGUCAGCCCUUUCCUUACUCUGACCAUGAAGCUUUGAGCACUGAGCUUGAGCUUCAUCCUUCAGAAGAUGGGAAAGGCUACUCAAACCAGGAGAAGGACUGCACUACAGAUAAGCUUUCAGAGCUGGUGAACAUUGUGACUGAGGCUCGGACGGAGGUGAAGGUGGGCCUACAUUGUGCUGAGCGCAUGCGCUACACGGCUGCUCGUACAGGGAUCAUGGGUCUGGCCCUGUUGCUGCUGGAGCUGGCCAUAGCUGCUGUCCCGUGCUUCGCCCUGGGAACCGAACAGCCCUUCCCUAAAGCUUCUUUCUACCUUCUAGGGGCGCUAUGUUUUGCCAUCCUCUUCUGUACCACCCUGCUUUACAUCUUUUAUGGCAUGGAGGUAAAGGCCCUACAAGGAGCGGAGGACCAGAUGAGGCUUGCUCUAGGUAGCCUGCAGGAACGUCUGAAGGCGUUCCCCAAGGGUAAAUAUGAGGGCCGUUCACAAACGGAACUUGACAGCCGUGAUCCAUCCACUCUAGAGCCAGAUGACUGAACAUCAAAGACUGAGCCACUUGACUGAUAUUUGCAGUCGUUUCUUGUUUGCUGCAGGAUGAAAUAAGCUCAGCUGAGCCUAAUUUUAUUUGUCUCUAUUUCACAAGCAUAUAUAAUUGUGCCGUGCGCCCAUCGGCAUCCUUUUCCAAGUUUUGGCAGCACAAUUGCAAGCCUGUACUACCCUAAGCACAAGAGGAGCACUAGAAGCAUGGAGAAAUGUCUGCAGCAACCAUAUUAACUAUAUUUUUACAUAAAACAAACAAAACAACUCUCAACGAAAGUUGACCACUUUUCAGUGGCUUCUAACCCACUAAACCACAAAACCUUUCUGUUGCUGCUCAUCCCUCUUUUCUCUGUUCCCUCUCCACUCCUUUCAAAGGGUGCUUCUGCUGCCAACGGCAGAUCACCGUCAGCUGGCUCUCAUUAAGGGCAGCGUGAGCACCUGAACCAAGAUGACAGAGAGCUUGUUGCUCCCCCGUUACCCUGCUCCCCAGCUCGACCGCCUGGGUCGAACGUGAGGUGUAGUUAGCGGGGCGCCAUCCACCUCUCCCCGCCGUCCUCGCUCUGUGUUUGGGCCCCGCCUUCCGCCGACAGGCGCACGCCACAGUAAUGUAUAGUACUGUAUGUGUAAUACCUCUUUACAACCUUCUGACUGAAUCUAUCUCUUUUAUAUCUAUAAACACCCUGUUCAUUUCAAAACUAUGGACCAAUCACUUUCCUCGAUCACCAAGGGAGAACAAUCAUUUUGAUGAAGACUGAAAGAAAACCAGAACUAAAUUGUAAGCAAUUUGACUGUAAGCUAAUGUACUGUACACCUCCAUGCAGCUUUAGAAAAAUGGACCAGUAAGAGUUCUCAUUAUAUAAAAUUUGUUUGCUUAAUUUCUUGUAGAACUGAGGCCUGUGAUGAUACAGCAUUACUUCAAAAGAAAAUGGAACUUGAUAUUGUAAUUUUAAAAAAUGAUUUGUUUAUUGACGUGUGCAUCAGUAUGCAUCAUAUAUGCAUAUUACAGUGGCAUUAUGUAUGUAUUGUUGCAGGCCUAGUAUUAAACACCUCUGUUUAUAUGGGUAGAAACCUGCUGGGCAGGUGAUUUUAAAGGGGUCAAACCUCUUGGUUCCUUUACAUUAGUUUAUUGUUUUCCACAUUUCAGCUGAUUCCUCCCUGACACCUAUUUAUCGGUCUUAAAUGUUGUGUUUUUAUAUGAAUAAUGCUAACAGUAACUGUGAUGUCCUUUUAGUUGUGCUCUAAUUUGUAAUACCAUCUUCUUUUCACUCUGUACUCUAGUCUUGCAACACUCUUCUGUUUAUUUUUCUAUAUUUACAGUAUACUUGGAUAAACAUUACGAAUGUUGUGUGAAGAAACAGGUUUUGCAGUAUUUGAGAAUUUACAUUGUAGGCUUAAGUGGUCUACAGUAUCUACCUUUGUAGGACACCUAGCACCUAGAAAUAGUAAUACACUGUUUGUUACCAUCUAUGUUCACUCACUUGUCCUCCACUUUUAGUUACUGUUUUAUUACAUCAGAGGCACUUUGCUGGAAGAAAGAAGUUAUGCAUUUUGCUAAUGAAAAUUGUUUGUCAUCUCGGAUCUUUUAAACCAUUGCUAUGUUACCAGUCUUGAAAUUACUGGACAAAACCGUAUGAGAGUAAAGCCUGUGUUGCCUCUUUCAAAUAUUUUAAUAAAAUUGUGUAUUUAUGAGUAACUAUG